CGGUGCCAACGGCUUAGCGCUGGACGGUGAGCCAAAAGACAGGCCUGGAGAUUGCUUCUGAAAGGUCACAGCCUUGGAAACCCUGUGGAGCAGUUCUGCUCUGCGCACAUGAGGUCACCGUGAGUCAGAAUCCAGUCGAUGGCAACUAGCAACAGCAGUUCUUUGAAGAGCACCAUGUGGGGACCUACAGCAAUUCAACAGUGGGAGCCGCAGAAGAGCGCAGAUACCAUUCGACUAGUAGAGCCCUCGAAGGUUGCUGGAAUUGGGGUUCAGGGUGUUGGGGUGCUGCCCACUCUUGGGGAGGAUCUCCUGUUUCUUCCAAAACCUGCGCCGCAGACACAAGGACAAGCGGAGGCCAGGCUUGCGGCGAAGCGUGCGGCCCGCGCAGAGGCUCGUGAGAUCCGCAUGAAGGAGUUAGAGCGGCAGCAGAAGGAGGCUUCCGAUGAAGACGAGCGCAUGUCAGUGGGUAGUCGUGGCAGCCUGAGGACAAACGGUUAUGAUGGAGAAUUACACGGACACCAGUCCCUGAGUAGAAGAGCUGGCAGGCCCUCGGAGUACAGCGGCUACCUCAACUCCGGCUCCCGCGCCUCCUCCCGGGCCAGCUCGGCCCGAGCCAGCCCCGUGGUUGAAGAGAGACCAGAAAAAGACUUUACUGAGAAGGGGUCUCGUAACAUGCCCAGCUUGUCUGCAGCCACCCUUGCCUCUCUGGGUGGGACGUCCUCCCGGAGAGGGAGCGGAGACACGUCCAUCUCCAUCGACACUGAGGCAUCCAUUAGGGAAAUCAAGGAGCUCAAUGAGCUAAAGGACCAGAUUCAGGAUGUAGAAGGCAAAUACAUGCAGGGACUGAAAGAAAUGAAGGACUCACUGGCGGAGGCCGAAGAGAAGUAUAAGAAGGCGAUGGUUUCCAAUGCUCAGCUGGACAACGAGAAAACGAACUUCAUGUACCAGGUGGACAACCUAAAAGACACGUUGCUGGAGCUGGAGGAGCAGCUGGCUGAAUCCAGACGACAGUAUGAUGAGAAAAACAAAGAACUUGAGCGGGAAAAACAUGCCCACAGCGUCCUGCAGUUCCAGUUUGCUGAGGUGAAGGAGGCCCUGAAGCAAAGAGAAGAAAUGCUUGAAAAACAUGGAAUAAUCCUCACUUCAGAAGUAGCUGCCAAUGGAGAGGCUUCAAGCACUGUCAAUAGUGUCAGCCACCAAGAUGCCACGAAGAUGACAGAAGAGUUACGCGCCCUCAAGUCGCCAGGAGACGGGACGCUAGGAAGAGCCAGUGACGUGGAGGUGAAAAAUGAAAUGGUGGAGAAUGUGGGGAAAGGAGAAAUCUUACAGAAUACUGAGCAAGAGCGGCACAAAGAGGACAGAGGAAAGGACUGUGUGGACAUAGAGGGAUUACGUCCUAGUGAAAAUACCGAGGACCAGAAAACCUCUGAAGACAAGGCCUCAUCCCCGGAAACAUUAGCAAAUGCAGAAAAUGAGGAGCAGGUCAUGAAUACAUUAGACGAUAGGACCAGGGCUUCCCCUGAGGAACCCAAAUGCUUGAGUGAUUUAGGGAGUCAGAGCCCAGACCCUGUGGUUGAGCAGGACGGUGGUAGUGCCCUGGAUAUCAAAAAUGAAAGGGAAGAAUCUGCAGAAAAGCAGGAAAAUGAAGAACAAGAGGAUUUUAAAACCAACUUGGGAGAGGUUAGCACAAAACCGUGUCAGGAAUCUGUUCCUUUGCACACACCAGACGUUGAAAGGGCAAGUGGUACAGACGCUGGGGGGCAGUGUGGGACCCCUACAGAGAGUGUAGUAGAGGCAGGGGUAGCUAACGUGGAGGAGCACAUGGGCCCAGUGGCCUCAAGUCCUCCAAAAUGUAGUGAAGACCCAGUGAAUCAGGAUGAAAAUCAUACGGUAGAUGCCCCUAAAGACCCAAGCACAGAGUGUAGCUUGGAGAAGGAAAUCACCAACCAGGAAGUAGCAGAGCCCAAGGAGGCCCCAACUCAGAGUGCAGAAGUAGGUAGGGAGCACAGUGAAGAUGAGGAUGAAAUGAAAUCAGUGGAUGAGAAACCCACAGAAGGCCAAACCAUUCCUUGUUCUCCAGCAGCCAAGAGCAACCAUCAGAAAGCAAUGGGUGAAGGUAAGGUGGAUAGUGGAAGUGAACCCCUAGAUCUGAAAGAACGUGAUGAAGAAAAGGCCAGCCAACAGGGAGAGACCUUGGACUCAUCACAGAAGAAGGCAAAGAACAAGAAGAAGAAAAACAAGAAGAAAAAGUCGCCAGUCCCUGCAGACACCUGUAACGAUGUUAAGGCAGAGUUAACGUUUCAGAACACAGAUUUCAGUGAAGUUAAGGAGGAAGCAGAGGCCAAAUUAACUGACAGCAAAGCCGCAGGAGAAGCCCACAAUGAGGUAACUAAAGAUGCAAAACAGAAAGUGGUAUCAGGGAGCAGCGAGAAUGUUGAGGGUCUAGAAAGUCCUAAAACUGAGUUGAAUGGGAAACUUAACCCAGAAGAUGAUGCUGUAACAGGUAAGGCGGGGGAAGGAAUCGCUGAUAGAGACGCACUAGAUUUUGAAAACGAUACAAUUCAGUCAUCAGGCACUAGUGCUAGUGAAAAAGAAUUAGAUGCAAGUAUUACAAAAGAGAAUGCCGGAAAAGAGGGUGCUGCUCAGAGCAGUCCUCUGGAGCCAGAGGAUGGAGAUGUGUGUGCUAGACCCUCCGAGGAAAUUAGUGAUGUCUCCCAAACAGAAAGCGCAGUGACGUGUGUGACAUCAGAGCAUCCAAGUCAGACAGUGGAGAAAGUGUUAGAGAACGUUAGUCUAGGAAACGAUGACUCCUCGGCACCAGCAGGAGAGCUGGGGGACUUCGAGUCAGAACGCAAAGAAGAUACGAGAGGUGGCAGUGAGAAGACCAAAAGCAAAGAAGAUUGUACCAUGUCCUGAGCCAAGGCAGAAACAGAAGGGCAGCUGGUGAGGUGGAGGCUUAGAGAGGACCGAGGACUUUGCACAGUAAGUCACAUUGUCAGGAGGCGCUUGUCUUUUCUCUCCGCUGGCGAUAUGCAUACAAAGCUCUAACUCAGUAUAAACACACUGUGUGGCAAUCAGCCGCCAAGUUACCUACUCUUUUGCAUUGUCGACUGUUCACCUUUAGAUUUCUAUCCAAUCAUUACGGUUAUCACCCAGAUUAGGAGGACACACGUCUUCGUUGUAACUGAGAGCAUUCCAGGGGUAUCAGCCAAUAAUGUACACUGUUGCUUCUGUUCUUGCUUAAAAUCAGAAUAAAAAUGUUGAACUUCUGCCUUAGGCUGAUGUGAACGUGGACACUCUUGACCAAAUAAAUCAGCAUCUGACAGAAAGGACCAAAUUGAAUUUUGAGAUUUCCGUGCUGUGAGUUUAAUGGAUGCUGAAAUUGAUUUGUCUCAUUCAGAUAUAUGUACUUUCAUAUUUGGUUUUAACAUGUACGUUAUAACCUGUAUGGUGUUUUCUCUAAAGGAGACAAACGGCCAGAUAGCAUGUAGGUCACCAAAUGAUAAAAUACACACCUUAGGAUAACAGUUGGUCAUUUUAGGGAUAAUGAGUAAACACCUUCAAGUACAGGAGAGAUCUGGUUUACCUUUACCUCACAGAAGUAUUGUAUUUCAAACCAAUACUUUUGGACCUCAUUGUUGAUGGGACCUGAAUUCAUUUUGUAGGAGAUUUUGACUUCACUUUAUGCUGAUUAUGUACCAAAUUCAUUGUAUGCAACGAUUCUAUUUUUUUUUUUUUUUAAUUCUGGAAGAGACAUAUGUUGAAAUUGCAUUCCCUCUUGCACUGAAGUAUUUGGGAAGGGCAGAGCCAUUAAAAAAACUUUUUUUUUAACCUUAAAAUUCCUCCUCUUUCUGUUUGAGCGUCUACUCAUUCUUCAGAAGAGCCUUACAAAAGGUCACUGAUCUUGCUAAUUAGACUGUAACAGGGGUUUUUAAAUAGUUGAAUCAUUCGGGGUAUUUUGGUAUAAAUACUUUCAUUUGCUGUUUUUCCAUGCAUUCUUACUGGAAACUUCUUGUGUUGAUCUGCCUGAAGGGAAUAUAUAUUUUCUAUAUAAAGAAGCAUUUAGAAAAAUAAUUGUAAAAUGUUGAGAUCACAAGGGAAUGUACAUCAUGAAUGCUGUUGACACUUUAUGAGAUUACGUGACUUCGUAUUACUGUUAUGAGAUAUAAUUGAGUGCACCAAGACCAAAAGCUCAAUAAAAUUUGAAGCAACUGUGUUAUUAUGUGAUGGAAAUAAAAACAUUUUGUAAUUUUAA